AUGGUCAAAAACUUUUGGCUAAAAGCCUCGAUGGCUUUGCUUAUCAAUUUCAAAACUUGGGCUGAGAAUAUUUAUUGCACAUACUACCGAAAUACAAACGAGAUCACAUGCGGCACUGUCACCUGUCAAACACAUGUUCCAUUUGAUAAUAGCUUAGAAGAAGAAGGUUUGGAUAUGAAGUUACCACUUGGUUGGUACCGCAUUGGUACGCUGCAAAUUCGACAUGACUCAUCGUGGUUUAACUUAUAUCGGAGACGUGCUUCUGGUUCAGGAUAUUGGGAUUUCUAUACGAUGAUUCCGGAACGAAACUGCAUCGGAAAUUUUGGUCUUCAUGCUGGUGAGAAUUUGCCUGGUUCGGUGACUUUAAAAGAUAAGCGCUGUUUUGAUCGAUUGAUUCGACAAAUUGAACACAAAACGACCACUGGAAAGUUUGAUGUUUAUCAGUGCAGGAAAUGUAUAUUCAAUAGCUGUUGGUUAGGUACUCGUCUGCUUCCCGCCUAUCGUGAAUACUUGACUAGUCUGAGGUCUAUUUAG